GCCCGGAGCGGGUUUGGGCUGCCAGAGGUUUUCCUCCUUUUUCCCUGGCGGUGUCCUGCUCUCUUAGUAUAUUCCCCUAGACUGUAAACCUACAGCGUGUUGUCAUGCCUCACUGUCAAUUCUGACGUUUUUCUGUGGGGAUGUCUUUACUGCAGACUUUCAAGCAGUAAUGAAAUGUUAUUCUGUAGGGCUGUAGAUGAAGCCAGUUCCUUCUUUGUCGAAAGCUGAGACUUUCUAUGAUCCUAGAUGUUCUAGAUCUACAUGCUAGAUAUAUAAUAUUCCUGAAAUAGGCCAGUGCAAUAUAUGGUAACAAGAAGAGCUGGGAAGAUGUUGAUAGAUGUUUGUGGGCCCUUCCGGGCUCUGUUGAGUUGUUGCUUUCAUGGAGGGGAAUGCUCUGGGAAUUCCUCGGGAUUCCUGCACCACACUCAUCCCUGCAGUAGUCCCUUCCCUUAGUGUAUUAAAUGAAAUCGAUACCUGAUGCAUGUGGUUUUUUUCUUCGUAUGUCCCUUUUCGUUGUUUUUUAGAGAAGGAGGCAUCAAAAAUGCAAAGCCCCUUUAGAUGCGUGAUGGUCUUUAGUUCCUGAAGAGACUCAGUCUGUUUCAGAAGAACUGUAUGUCUGAACAGAUGAGGGUUUUGAGAAUUUUAGGGCAUUCUUUUGUUUUAUGGGCAGACACAAAGAUCAGUUUGUAGAAUAGGAUUUAGCAGUAAUGUUGAUUGUUCAUCCCAUCUUUCACAGAGGUACUUAAUCUUAGUGUGGAACUUAUGUCACCUCUGUGUCAAAAAGAAUAUGUUGUCAUCAACAAUAUCAAAUAUUGCAGAAAGGAAAAACAGAUUUUGCUUUUUCCCUGCUGAGAUCAUCAGUUUCAUAUCUGUACUUUAAUGUGACUCUUACUUGAGCUUACACUAGAAUAUCAGCUAUAAUUUAAUUUUCUUGCUAUCUUAUCAUUCAGCUUGCAGAAGAACAGCCAGAUGCUUGGCAGGAAUAGAAAGGUCCAGCAUAUCCCAAAUAUUUAAUUUCUUCACUCAUCCACUAUGUCAUAGUUUAAGCAAAAAAAAUAAUCUUUGAGGCAUUGGCAAUAGUUGACAUGCAUGGUGCAGUUCAUAUAGCUAGCUGUAGGGUUUAAUCUUUUUAAGGUUGUGGUAUUUUAAAACGAAUGCAUGUGCUGAUUCUGGGAAUAUAGGUGAAUUGGUGGUUGGUGUAGGUCAAAUCCAUACUGCUUGAGAAGGUUUCCUGAUGUUGUUUCUUUAGCAAGGUAGAAUGAUAGCUCUUUUCAAUGCUUCGCACCUAGUCUGCUACCAAUGCUUCGCACCUAGUCUGCUACCGGAAGGAUUUGAAUAUUCCUUCUUAGGAAAAGUAAGAGCUACUUUAAGCAGAUAUGCACAGCUGAAAUAUUUUUAGAAGAUAGUUCAUCAUGGUCACUGAGGACAUUUGGCUUUGUAACCAAAUGCAGAAGUAUCAGUCUAAGAGGAAAAAAAAAAGAUACUUCUUUUAAUUAAAGCAUUUGCAUAGUUAUAUAAUUGAACUUAAAUUUGCUCAAAGUUUGUCUCUGCUUCUGACUACCAGCUUAAUUACUUUACCAUCAUAAGGGAAGCCCAACUAGUUUCUACCAACGUCCUGGAAAACCUGUUACUAAGGGAACAACAUUCUCUCUUUAUUUUUUUUAGUACUUUCCUUUGGGAAAGCAGGGGCUUUUUCUGACUCAAAAGCUUAUGGAAAUGAGCCAAGACUUGGAAAUCAGCAGGCUUUUAGGGGGAAGAUUAGGACUUCUCCAGGAAAACAGAAUGUACUGGUCCACACUAGCAUACUUACUAUUUAGAGUCUAAAAUACAAGAAGGUGACAGUGAAGAUCAGUUCAAGCAAUUUAAAAUAUACUUAUUUUGAGAGCUAAGUUAUACAACUGACAGCUGUGUCUGCAUAUGUUUCUAGGGCCAAAGAUGAGAAUCAGUGCUGAUUUCUUAGGUGUCCGUGAGAUGAAUUUUAAACUAGUAUUUGGCAUUUGUUUUCCUGUCCUUCACUUCCUAGUUUCUUCAGUGAGUUUUUUUUUCAGAGGCUUUCUAAGUAGUGAUGCAGCUAUACGGUAUUAAACUGUCACGUUUAUGUUACAAAUGUGCGUUUGUUUGAUAGGGUCCUCGCUGCUUUGCAGCUCUCUGCGGAGCACCAACUCUAAUGCAGAAGGACGGUCUGAACGUGUUAAACAGUCGCUUAAGAAACCAAAGUUACCAGUAGGUCGGUUUGAUGAACCAGAGGAGUCCAAUAUAGAGAGGGAACCACUGGAAAAAUUUCCUGAUGGAAUCAAUCCUACUACGAAAGAGAAGGGUGGACCUAAAGGUCCUGAACCUACACGUUACGGAGACUGGGAGAGAAAAGGACGUUGUAUAGACUUUUAAUGUACAAAUGUACCUAUUGCUAAUAAAAUAUUUUUAGUUGUUGAAAAAAAUAAUAUGUAGAGAAAUCUCACCUAGAUUUUCCUUCCUGUUGUGAAGCUUCUUGUUUCUGUCAUGCUUGUGGUGAAUUAUCUGAGAGAUAUUUUAUGUAAAUAAACAUGCUGUGGUAACUCA